GUGGGAGUCCCGCCUAUAAUCCCAAAUCUGAAAAUUGAAAACCUCCUUUCUCUCCAGAACACACACGCCAUGAGCACUCCCAUGGAGAUUGCCGAGCAAAACCCUAUGCUCGACGACGUUACGAUUCAUCCUCCUCACGAUGCCUCCAUGGAGCUCUCUCACCACAAUUGCACUCCACCAACGAUUAUCCCCGACCAAUUACGCGUCGCAGAGCCACUCGCUUCAACCGAUCCCCCUCCUUCUCCUGCUCCUGCUCCCCUCAACGAGAACAAGUUCCUCGUAUCUGUGGAGGUCUGCUUAAAGCCAUCAAGCACUGCUCGUCUCGAGGACGUUCAAAGAGCUGUUGAACGGAUGCUGGAAAAUAGGAGCAUGAGCUAUGUAGAUGGCCUUGUUCUCAUACCUCCACACGACUUGUUCCUUGUUGAAAAUGUCCAACGCAUAUGCAUUUGUGAUACAGAGGAGUGGGUGAAAAAUAAUGAUGUUCUCUUGUUCUGGCAAGUUAAGCCUGUUGUCCACGCCUUUCAGUUAACUGAGGAAGGACCAUGUGAGGAACUGGGCCCUGAUGGACAACCUUCCAGCUUUAAUGAAUGGAUUCUACCUGCUAAGGAGUUUGAUGGCUUAUGGGAAAGCUUGAUAUAUGAAUCUGGACUUAAGCAACGGUUACUCCGUUACGCCGCAAGUGCUUUGCUGUUCACGCAGAAGGGUGUUAAUCCAAAUCUCGUUUCAUGGAACAGGAUUGUUCUUUUGCACGGACCACCAGGGACUGGCAAAACAUCUCUUUGCAAAGCAUUGGCUCAAAAGCUUUCAAUUCGCUGCAACUCUAGAUAUCCUCAUUGCCAAUUGAUUGAAGUCAAUGCUCACUCUCUAUUUAGUAAAUGGUUCUCUGAAAGUGGCAAGCUGGUUGCCAAGCUUUUCCAAAAGAUACAAGAGAUGGUGGAGGAAGAUAACAAUCUAGUAUUUGUUUUGAUCGAUGAAGUUGAAAGUCUUGCUGCUGCACGGAAAGCUGCACUGUCUGGUUCAGAACCUUCAGAUUCUAUCCGGGUUGUGAAUGCACUACUUACACAAAUGGACAAACUGAAAUCAGCACCUAAUGUGAUAAUCCUUACAACAUCAAAUAUAACUACUGCUAUUGAUGUUGCUUUCGUGGAUCGAGCUGACAUUAAAGCUUAUGUUGGCCCUCCAACUCUUCAUGUUCGUUAUGAAAUAUUAAGGUCGUGUGUUGAGGAAUUGAUAAGCAAAGGGAUCAUAUCAAGUUUCCAGGGCUGUGAUGGACUCUCUAUUCCAAGCUUUUCAAGUUUGAAAGAAAAGGUGAAUGCAAAUGAGCUCCAUGAUACAGAUACAGUUCCCUGGUUCUGUAAACAGUUGAUAGAAGCUGCAAAAUCGUGUGAGGGUUUAAGUGGGAGAUCACUGAGGAAGCUUCCGUUUCUAGCACACGCAGCACUUGCAGAUCCACACAGUCAUGAUCCCAGUAAUUUCUUGUGUGCAAUGAUAGAGACAGCAAAGAGAGAGAAGUCUGAACAGCCUGAAUGACCCAUUCUUGUGUGAGGUCAUAAACAAAUAUAACAAUGGAGGAUGUUGUAACAAUAAUUGUUGGUUCUAUAUUUUUGUUUCUUUUGUCCCAA